UAGACUCUGAGGGACACAGAUAGUGCGCCUUUUUUUUUUUGGUGGUUAUUUGCUUGGUUUUUUGUUUUAUUGUAAUUGGGUCGGUGAAUGUCAAAUCCCUUCCUUCUCCGUUGGUGAGGACGCGUUGGACAAAGUAGUUCCUCUGUUUCUAUUUGUCUGGCUUCCUUGUGGGUCUUUAUCUUUAUUGUGGAUAACUUGUUUGACAAAAUGCUUGAAAGAGUUGGGUUUUUAUUUAUCAUUAUUAUUUGCCAAUGAAUGGCUUUGAGUCGACACUAAUCACUGGUAAUUUAUGUGGGUUUUUCUCGAAAUUUGAUAAUUUAUAUCGAUGAAAAUUUUUAGUUUUGUAGAAAGCAGAGAAAAGCCGUAAUGAAGCAGCAAUCCAAGGACCCCUUUGAAGCGGCGUUUGAGGAGCAAGAGGACUCUCCUCCUGAGUCCCCAGCGGCUGCUGGCGUUGCUGAGGACAUUCAAACUCUUCAGCAUCCUGCUGUUUCAAACACCGUGGUGGAUGCCCAAGAAGAUGAUGACCCUCUUCCUCUUUCCAGAGACCACCCUUCAUCCUCAAUGGCAACAACGUCCGCAGCUCCUAUGCCGGUCUCCUCUCGAACCCAUGCACCCUCCUCGGUUCCUGCUCCCAAGAACAAAGAAGAUGAUGAUGAGGAGGAGGAGGAGAACAUGGAAGUUGAGCUUAGCAAAUUCCCUUCCAGUGGCGAUCCAGAUAAAAUGGCUAAGAUGCAGGCUAUUUUAUCCCAAUUCACAGAGGAACAGAUGAGUAGAUAUGAGUCAUUUCGGAGAGCUGGGUUUCAGAAAUCUAACAUGAAAAGGCUGUUAGCUAGCAUCAGUGGAACUCAGAAAAUAUCUGUGCCAAUGACAAUUGUAGUAUCAGGCAUAGCAAAAAUGUUCGUUGGUGAACUUGUUGAAACAGCUAGAAUGGUCAUGGCAGAGAGGAAAGAAUCUGGGCCAAUUAGGCCUUGCCACAUUAGAGAAGCAUAUAGAAGGUUAAAGCUUGAAGGGAAAGUACCAAAGAGAUCUGUACCAAGGCUCUUCAGAUAAAUGGACCAGAGACAAAUUUUGGGACUGAUUAAUCCAGGUCAGGUAGACUGUCUGUUGGGGUUAUGAGAUGCAAUCCUUCAUGCGCACUCUAGAGGUGCUCCAACAAGUUUUUUCUUUUCCCAACUGCAUGUAGAACUUAAAAUCACUGUACAUACUCCAUGCUCCCUGUUUCACUUUUUCUGUAUGACCAAGGUUAGAUCAAAAUGGGAAUCAACAAUGCAAUGCCUUUUUAGAUGGUCUAUGGUCUCUAGCUGAAACUAAGUUCACUAUAAUACCAUUUGUUCCCUAAGCUAUGAUGGUGAUUGUGUGGAUUGAAUUCUGGUUGCUGGGCUACCAAUUACGCUUCGUCUGUAGCGAACAACUUGAGCCUUUAUUGGUAAUUUUAUUACAUCCAAUGUUUUUCCA